AUGUCUUCCGCCGCCGCCUCUUCGCUCACCAUCGCCGUCGCCCACGCCGUCUCCUUCCUCACCCGCCCCCUCAUCCUCGCCUACCCCGCCACCUCCAUCAUCCGCCUCCAGCUCGUCCUCGAGGCGAACCUCAUCGCCGCCUUCGCCCCCUCCUGGGUCCCCGCUCAGCCCCUCCGCGGCUCCGGCCGCCGCUGCCUCUCCCUCGCCCCCACCUGCCUCCCCCCGCGCCCCGUCUACAACGCCUGCAUCGCCGCCGCCGUCCAGUGGUUCGACUGGAUCUCCCUCCUCGGCGCAGCAGAGUUCGACCUCUUCGUCGACCCCGGCUGCGUCUCCAUCCGCGUCGCCGGCCAGUCCCCGUCCCAGCUCAUCACCAUCUGGUCAGACGAGCUCCCCUCGCCCACCGCCUUCGCGCCCUUCUCCCCCGUCCCGGCUCCAGCCCCGGCGGCAGUCGACAAAAAGACCCUCGCGCAGCAGCUCCUCGAACAGGACACGGAAGAGGACGACAACAUCUUCACCAUGAUCGCAGACGAGGUCGCAGCCCCCACGUGGAUGACCCCCAUCCUCGACCAGUUCCCCGUCCCCUCCAUGCUCGAGCGCUCCGCGUCCCCGCUCUCCACCUUCUCCUCCUCCUCAGACUCCGAGCCCGAGUCCCUCGACGGCUCCCUCUUCCACUCGCGCUGCUCCUCGCGCGCCUCCAACUCCUCGCGCAGCACCGCAGCCACCUCCGUCUCCGCGUUCUCGCUCUCGUUCUCGUCCAAGAACGCGUCCCCGGUCGCGGCGGCCCCCGCUUCGGCGUCCCCCGCCGCGGCCUCGAAGCUGAAUGCGAACGCGGUGCCGUUCAAGCAGUCCCGCAGGGAGCGCGCGCGCCAGGCGCGGGUGUACGUCGAUACCACCAAGAAGGAGGUCACGCCCUACGACGGCGGCAAGACCACCGUCCUCACCGGCGGCGUCAUGCUCGGCGGCCCCAAGGCCUCCUCUGCCUCCCCUACCACCACCACCACCACCACCACCACCGCUUCCCCGUCCCCAUCUGCGCAGGCCGCCGCCGCCCCUGCCGCCAAGGUGGAGACGGACAGGACGCCCCGUGUUAGCCACUUCAACUUCCGCCCCCGUGUCAACGCUGCGAACUGGCGCCGUCUUUGA